AUGAAAAUAAUAAUAUUUUUAUUUUUAAUUUUAUUUACAAAAUACAAUAAUUGCUACAGCACCCUCUACAAUGUAAAUAGUUUAAAUAAUAGUAGUAGUGGUGGUAGUAGUAAUAGUAAUGGUAAUAGUAGCAGCAGUGACAGCAACAAUAACAGUAAUGCAAACAAUAUAUAUUUUAACUAUGAUCCUUGGAUACAGGAGUUUCAUGAUGUUUCAUUUUCAUCAUUCAGUAAUAAUAACCCAAUAGCAAAUAGUGCUGAAUGGUCAAAAAAUUUAAAUAAUAUAAAUAAAAAUAAUAAUAGUAAUAAUAACACUAAAUGUAAAAUAAAUACAAUAAACUAUCAUCCAAUAAUAUUAUCAGACCAAUCAUAUAUAGUCUUAAGUUUGGAUAGUAGUAACGAAAAUUUAGAAUUAAUUAAAUAUCAGUUUAAUAAUGAAAUUGAAUGGAAAUAUUCAUUUAAUAAUAAUAAUAAUAAUAAUAAUAAUAGUAAUAAUAAUAAUUGCAUAAAUAUAAUCAACUCAAAUAUAGUUGUUGGUACAAAUUACACAAAAUCAGAUGUUAAUAAUACAUUUUAUUAUUCACCAGUUUUAGUUUAUAUACAAGAGUAUUCAAGAUACUAUUUGUUUAAUUUGGAGGAUGGUAACUUGGUAUGGAAUUCGACAUCAACAUAUUAUAAUUGUACAUCUCAUAAUUAUUUUUCUUCAAUUUUUCAAUUUUAUUCAAUAUGCCAAAUAAAUAAUGAUAGUAGUAGUAGUAGUAGCCAAGAUAGUAGCAGUAGCCAAGAUAGUAGUAAUAGCAAUAAUAGUUCAAAUAUUUUAAAUUUAAUAAAAACCAAUAUUAUAAAUAUAAACCCUUUUAUAAAUCAAAAUAACUAUAACGAGAUUUUAAUUAAUAAUAGCCUAAUAGAAUUUAAUACUACCUAUAAAUAUAAUGAUAAAACAUUACAUCAAACUAUAUACAGCAAAAAAGAGUGGUUAUUUGGUUAUCCAACAAAAUAUUUUAUAUCUUCAACCCAAUAUUAUAAUUCAAUGGUAUAUAUUAAUUUUGAAUUUGGUUUUGUAGCAAUACUCUCAAGUGACAGUCAAACAAUAUUCAAUACAUGGAGAUUACCAGAUAACACAAUAAACCAAAUAACCCCAGCAGUUAUAACACCAAUACCAAACUCGUAUAAAAGCUAUUUAACAAUAAUGAAUGAUAAAAAAAGAAACAUUAUGCUAUCAACUUUUAAUAUUAAUACUGGUGCUUUAGUCUAUCAAAACCCAUUGGUUGCAAAUGUAAAUAGUGGUCAAGUUUUCAAUUCUAAGUUGGGUGUUUUUGGAAACUCUAUUAUGUUCAUGUUCAAUUAUUUUACUCCAAAGGUUACAUCAUACUCUGGUAUGUUUAACAUUCCUUCAAACGAUAUAGAUUAUUAUCUCACUGGUGAUGCAUUUGGUACCUACGACUUUGCCUCAACUUUGACAAUGUUUUAUUUCUGUAGAUUGAACGAUAUAUAUAUUAUAAACAAUGCAUCGGUCGGAUUUUCAAUAAGUUAUCCAAUCAACAACAAUACAGAUAGUGGUAGCAGUGCCUCAUCAAUGAAUUCAUCAACUGAAGAUUAUGGUGAAAUUUAUAAUGACCAUUCUUGUAAACUAUCCCUUGGUGAAAAUAGUCUUUUGGUAUCUUUCAAUAAUAUCAGAGAAAAAGAAUCUGUUACCUAUAAAGCCAUCGACAAAAUGUGCCCUGAUUUAUGUGGUGAAAAUAUGCUUUGUGCUACCGAUUUGGGUUGCAGUUGCCAACCAUUCUACUAUCCAGCCGAUAAUUGCUCCAUUUAUUGUUAUGCUCCACAUUCAUGUCUGGGCCAUGGUACAUGUGGCGGGGAUGGUCAAUGUGUAUGUGACCCUGAAACAGGUUGGGAAGGUAAUGGUUGUGAAAUUUGUAGAAAAGGUUAUUCUGGUAAUAAUUGCAAUAUUACCUUCAAUUUAAAAAAAGCUAUUAUAUUUAUUUGUUUAGGGUUAUUGGUAACCAGCUCAAUUUGUUUUUUCGCAAUUUUUACUAGAAGAAUUGGAAAGAAAAAUAAAAAAGUUUGUUGUAAUUGUUCAUGUUGGAGCAACCUAUGGUAUAAAAUCAACACAAGUAAAAUUGCCAAACCCAAACACUAUCAAUCAUUAAAUAAUGAAAAAGAUUAUAUUAUUGACCACGGUGAUAAUUCUAUUGAUAGAGAGGGUGACAAUCUUUAA